CUCGUGACAGUCGAACGUGUUUCAUUCGUACCUUCGCAUUUCUCUCUCGCCAAUUAACAUUCUUCGCAACCAAGUAAACAUUUCACAACAAUCGCCGCAAAAAGCCCCAAAUUCCAUCAACUUCUGGAAAAUCUCCCGAAACGCAUCGAAAUUGUCGCAAAUCACUGCGUAACAUUGCGAAAUAAUUUCACAAGAGGCAAAACCCGGCAGCUGCACAACUCACAGCAACCUGACUGUAUCUAAAUUCACACACAAAAAAAGAGAGUGAAGUUGCGAUAUUUCUUGCGAACACAAAAAUUUGCUCCGAAAACAAAUUUUAACUCGCGUCAACUGAUCCGCGUCGACUUGCCGUUCGAAGCUCCGUCAACGCCGCAUCAAGAUAACUGAACAUCACAUAAAAAAGUAAAAAUAAAGGAAAAAUUUGUAAUUUAUAAAAAAAAAUAUUAAAUGGCUGCCCCAAGUACCCCAAAUACGGCGCCAACAGCUUCAGCAACGCCCGUCGUUCCGUGGUCGAACAACAAAGACGAAUACGAGCUUUACGAGGUAAUUGGCGUUGGAGCGACAGCUGUGGUGCAUGCAGCCUUGUGCAAGCCACGCAACGAAAAGUGUGCCAUCAAACGAAUAAAUCUCGAGAAAUGGAACACGUCGAUGGACGAGCUGCUGAAGGAGAUUCAGGCGAUGUCGAGUUGCAAUCACGAGAAUGUCGUGACGUAUCACACGUCGUUCGUGGUUAAAGAAGAGCUGUGGCUGGUACUGCGUUUGCUGGAGGGCGGCUCGUUGCUCGAUAUCAUCAAACAUCGCAUGCGAACUGCGAAUUGCAAACACGGGGUCUUCGAUGAAGCAACAAUUGCGACAGUUUUGAAGGAAGUUUUGAAGGGUUUGGAAUAUUUCCAUAGCAACGGUCAAAUUCAUCGCGAUAUAAAAGCGGGAAAUAUCCUCUUGGGCGACGACGGAACAGUUCAAAUUGCGGAUUUCGGGGUCAGUGCCUGGCUUGCCACAGGCAGAGACCUCUCGCGGCAAAAAGUGCGACACACUUUCGUCGGUACGCCAUGUUGGAUGGCGCCCGAAGUGAUGGAACAAGAUCACGGUUACGAUUUCAAGGCGGAUAUUUGGUCAUUCGGUAUCACCGCUAUCGAAAUGGCAACUGGUACUGCACCCUAUCACAAAUAUCCGCCCAUGAAAGUGCUCAUGUUGACGUUGCAAAAUGAUCCGCCCACUCUGGAUACGGGCGCCGACGAAAAAGAUCAGUACAAGGCUUAUGGCAAGACAUUCCGCAAGAUGAUUGUCGAAUGUUUGCAAAAGGAGGCAUCGAAACGCCCGACCGCCAGUGAGCUACUUAAGCAUCCGUUCUUCAAGAAAGCCAAGGACAAGCGAUAUCUCGUGCAAACGUUGCUUUCGACAGGCCCCUCGAUGGAAACGCGCGUCAAUAAAGCCGCGAAACGACAACCCGGCGCAUCGGGACGCCUCCAUCGGACCGUUACCGGCGAGUGGGUUUGGAGCUCCGAAGAGGAAGACAAUGCUCAACACUCUGCCAGUGACUCCGAGAGUGAGGAUCGCCCGAUGAACAAAAUAAUUCACGACGCGUCGUCGGGCAGCGAACCCGAAGAUAAUUCAGACCCGCAACAAGGGGGCGCUGCUGCUGCGGCGCCAUCUGUCGAUGAACCGCCACCCGUUAAUCUCGUGCUGCGCAUGCGCAAUGCAAAUCGCGAGCUUAACGACAUCCGCUUCGAAUUUGCCGUCGACAAGGAUUCCGCCGAGGGCAUUGCCACGGAACUUGUGGGCGCGGGACUCGUUGAUGGGCGCGACAUUGUCGUCAUGGCGGCAAACCUGCAGAAACUCAUCGAGGCACGACAUCAGAUGAAAACCGUUACAUUUCAAUUGAAUUCAGGCUAUGGCACUGGCGAAAUUCCCGACGAAAAAUCACUUAUUGGCUUUGCACAAAUAUCAAUCACAGAUUAAUAAUAAUUGAAAAAAAAAAUUUUUUAGCGUUAAAAUAAUAAUAAUAAUAAUAACAUGUUUCAUAUUAUAAAAAAAAAUAAUUUUAAACAAAAAAAUGCGUGUAACUGUGUAUCAUGAGAAUACAAAUUUAUUGUCGUCUUAGUUUAAUUUUUACUGUUAGUUUGUAUCAACAAGUCGUAAAACGAUUAAAGUUAUACAAGAAACCUCUUCUGUUCACUCGUAAUUUUUAAUUAAAAUAAUUUAUUAUUUAAAACAAUGCAAUAAACUUAUAAUCUUCCUCUAAAAAUGUCUAAAAAAAAAGAAACGGCUGAAAUACACCAGUUGUGCCAUGUAUCUUUUAACUAAACUACAAAUAUCAAAAAAAAUCUUAGAAACUAAAAAAAAAACAAAAACCCCGUUAAUCAAUUUAAAUCUGGUCAAAAAAUCAAUUAUUUAGCUUUAAAGACAAAAAGAGGUUAAGU